ACCUGUAAGGUAAUAAAACCCAGAGCACAAUGUCAGAUUGGUCCUAACGCUAUACUUUGGCAUGAUAGUUCAAUUGCAGUGUGUAGAGCGAGGGAAUUGCAUACUCUCUCGCUCUUCCAACUUGUACGGAUGGCGAUGAGCAGCGAUCAACCAGAUUGGCAUCAAGCUGGUGGUCUCGAUGAAGCAGCAGUCUACAUGGCUUUCGAGGCGAGUCAACCCGCCUGGCCCUCCUAUAAUCAGGUACAAGCUGCUCCUUUCAUGACUGGACAACCUCUGUCAACAGCCGUCUCUAUACCCAAACAUCCUGCCCCUGCCUACUGGCAUCACGGUCCGUCGGAUAUUGGCGGAAGCUCGGCGCAUUUCGAACAAGCACAUCCAUUUCAGCCGCCGCUAGUGGCCAAUGCUCCUAGGCCAGCCGUGUUCAGGUUGACGCUUGGGGAAUAUUUUCAAGCUCUUCACCGACAUCAGCAUGGUCUCGGGCCUUUAGAAGGUCCCAUCGCUUUCCGUCCGGAGCGCAUACAGUUACACAAAAAGGCUGUCCGCGCCAACGCCCUCGAGAGACAAGCCCAGGAGACGGCAUGGCGAGAAUGGCUGACAGGAAAGUUGAACUUGCCCGGAACUGUCAGCGAGUCAGCUCUGCGCCAUACACGAACGUCGAAAAAUCUAGCAUUGAUAGCCAAAUUACCGGGCGAAGCUCCUCAUUUGGCUUCUCCCGCACAAGAUACACCUUAUCAUGAUGAUCCCCCGGUACAAUUGUUAGCACUGGACUGGGACCUGGAGAGAGACAACCCAGAAAUGGUCAUGGAGAAAACGUUCACCCCAAUCGACGCUAUCCUAUCCUUCAGCAAACGGCCCGCCGUAUCUGGAGCAAAUGGGCGGGUGGUCAUCGAAUCGUCUUCAUCUGUGCGAGGCAGCAUGCACAGGAUUGUAAUCCUAAUCACACAACCUAGAGACGGAUCAUUGCCCAUCUGCUCUUCGCAUUUUGCGGUCAUUGGAUUUCGUGAUCUUCCAGGCGUCGUGCGAGAUCGUGCGAAUCAAAUGUUCCUUUUGCAGGAUGCAGAGCCUCUGGACGAUGCACUUCAAGAGUUUGAGCAAGAGAACAUUUGUCAUUCGGACAAACUGUUCAACGACAAUCUCGCUGCAGGAUACGCAUUCUGCUGGAACAGUCGUUCGAAAGACACCUUUUACCGAUCGAUGCCGGCCCUGCGACAGCGACUACCGGUGGAGAGACAAUACUGCCCUGAAUGCUUCGCUCGAGAAGAUGCCACAUUAUUGGUGCCGCCAUUCGAGAGACUUGGACACGAAAGGCUUUGGACAGACUUCUGGGGAGUCCGCAUGGCCCAGGCACUGGCCGCGGUGCAUUCGGCCAAUGGUGUAGCAGAGCCCAAAAUUCCAAUGGGUCCGGGGAUAACCCAGAUGGUCGAGGAUGACAUUAAUUUUCGAGCCACGCACGCGAUAGAUGCCCUCGAUGCUGGUCUAUUGCUGCCUCUGGAUCGUCAACUCCUCAAUACUCUUAUUGUUCAGCUUAAUCAGCGAAUAUAUCACGAGAAGAUGCUAUUAGCGAGCGGUCCAAGCUCUGUGCACUUCAAUUCCCUGUGGAAUGUCGAGGCGAGCGAUAGCGUCGUCAUUAGACGAGACAACAUUCACCUGCUGAAUGCCCGACUGCACAACUGUCGACGGUCCGAAGCCCUGGAUCCGAUGGAGAACCUGGCCCGGUACGUCUACCUCUCUAGAGUCGUCUUCAACUUCAAAGACGUCUUUCGACAGAAGAUCGAGGGUCCCUGGCUCUUAGACACCUACUUUACCACGCUGGGCUUCACUCCGCAAGCUAGAAAGGUUUCCACGGAAAGGUUUUGGCUAUGGCUCGAUUUGGAGCACAUACUGUACUUUUACUACUUCCUCCGAUAUGCCCAAGACCCUGUGCCAUUACGAUCGUUCAAAGGCACGCUGGUCUGCCUCACGGAGCUGGAGUCGAUUACCAGGACACCUUUCCCGAUACAAGUCUUGAGUACGCCCAUUUUGGACAAACUUCAGGCAAUGCAUCCCAAAUAGAUAUCGUGUCCCAUACAUUGUGCGCAACCGCAGACCUAAUGGUUUCUACCAAGUCACUACAUCAUAUCACCCACAGUUGCAUUCCGUCGGCGCGUCGGCGUCGAUUAUUCAUUGCCGCACUGCAGAGCAGCGAGUCACAAAAUUCCAAAUGGUCAAUGAGUAACAGACCUAGCGGAAUUGAUCAGACAACUAUUCGUACAGUACCCACAAAGAACGCGUGG